AUGAUUCUGAACAUUGCCAAAUUUUCUGUGGUGGCUCCUGCACUAUGUAUGUGUCUUGCAUUGCUUGAUGCAUGCAUGGCAACUCCAUACACCGUAUAUCGCGGUACCUUCGUUCAUCUCCCUCGGCUCAAUUCGAGCUCGGUGAAACCGGAGCUCGCUCGAUACCAAGGUGUUCUCUGGGUCUCUUCUGAGGAUGGUCGGAUCAAAGGAUAUGACUGGCAAGUCCGUGAUGAUGCCAGCUUUCAAUCAUUCUUGUCUAGCCACGGAUGGACUAUUGCCGAGGGCAAUGAAAACUCAUCCUCCAGUGUCGUGGUCAUAGAGUCAAACGAUGAGCGAAAUGAGUUCUUCUUUCCCGGAUUCAUCGACACGCACAUCCACGCACCGCAGUUCCCCAAUAUUGGGCUGUUCGGAUCGUCAGGCCUUCUGGACUGGCUGAAUGAAUACACCUUUCCCGUCGAAGCUAGCUUCGGCGCCAAGUCAGAUCCAAAGAAUCAAGACACAAAUCCCAAAGACACGCCGCCGGAAGCUCUACGUGUCUACGACGAAGUGGUCGCGCGCACUCUUGCUCAUGGGACAACAUGCGCAUCUUAUUUCGCCACCAUACAUGUUCCGGCCACCAACGCCCUCGCCGCGCUUUGUCAUUCCCAUGGCCAACGUGCAUUCAUCGGCCGUGUUUGCAUGGAUAACCCUGAUCAGUGCCCCUCUUAUUACAUUGACCAAUCUGCCGAGGAGGGCUUCAACGCGACGAAGUCAACAAUCGACUACAUCCAGACCCUCGACCCAGAUGGAACAUUGAUCAACCCAAUCAUUACCCCUCGCUUCGCCCCAAGUUGCUCAAAUGAGUCCCUUGAAGGCCUCGGGAAGCUGGCUGCAUCCUACAGUCCGCCUCUCCACAUCCAAACACAUAUAUGUGAGACCCUCGACGAAAUUGCCCUUGUCCACCAGCUGUUCCCGGAGGCAGCUAGUUACGCCGAUGUCUAUGACAAGGCUCAUCUGUUGACGAAUCGUACCAUCCUCGCACACGGCGUGCACCUCACUAAGGAUGAGCGCACUCUCGUCCGAGAGCGGGGCUCCAAGGUCGCUCACUGCCCCUCGUCCAAUUCCGCCCUAGGCUCCGGUCUGGCUCCUGUCCGUGUUAUGCUCGAUGAAGGCCUCACGGUUGGUCUAGGUACAGAUGUGAGCGGCGGAUAUAGCCCUAGUAUCCUUGAAGUGGCUAGACAGGCCGCUUUGGUUUCUCGAUUGCUUGCGUAUAGCGCCGAGUACCAAGAGAUGACAGGUAACACAACAUCGGAUGGCAGCGAGAAACUCACAGUUGAUGAUGCUCUCUACCUGGCCACGCGAGGCGGUGCCGCAGUUGUUGACAUGCCAGAUGACAUCGGCGGCUUUGAUCAAGGGAUGAUCUGGGAUGCGCAGCUGAUUGAGCUGGGUGCUGUGCAAAAUAACACCGUGAGUCCGCUUGACGCGGCGCCUGUGAGAAGCCUCGCAGGUCGGACGCUUCCUAUGUCUGGCCCGGUGGGUAAUGUUGAUUUGUUUGGCAAUGAGACGUGGCAGGAGCAGAUUCAGAAGUGGAUGUGGAGCGGUGAUGACCGGAAUGUGAAGAAUGUGUGGGUUCAGGGCAAGCUGGUGCAUACCAGAGAUUAG